AUGCUACGUGAUGGUGAUGGUUUUAAUGUUACUUCCUAUGACACAGGUCCAUGUGCAAAUAUUAACUGCCAAAAUGGAGGUGCAUGUCUGGUUCUGGGAACUUCGUUCACCUGCCAGUGUACAACUGGAUUCACUGGACAAUUUUGUCAAACGGCUGUCAGUCCAUGUGCAAAUAUUAACUGCCAAAAUGGAGGUGCAUGUCUGGUUCUGGGAACUUCGUUCACCUGCCAGUGUACAACUGGAUUCACUGGACAAUUUUGUCAAACGGCUGUCAGUCCAUGUGCAAAUAUUAACUGCCAAAAUGGAGGUGCAUGUCUGGUUCUGGGAACUUCGUUCACCUGCCAGUGUACAACUGGAUUCACUGGACAAUUUUGUCAAACGGCUGUCAGUCCAUGUGCAAAUAUUAACUGCCAAAAUGGAGGUGCAUGUCUGGUUCUGGGAACUUCGUUCACCUGCCAGUGUACAACUGGAUUCACUGGACAAUUUUGUCAAACGGCUGUCAGUCCAUGUGCAAAUAUUAACUGCCAAAAUGGAGGUGCAUGUCUGGUUCUGGGAACUUCGUUCACCUGCCAGUGUACAACUGGAUUCACUGGACAAUUUUGUCAAACGGCUGUCAGUACGUAUAUACAUGUUCAUGUCUGUUGUCAAAUAUUUGCCGUCACAAAUGUUCCUGUCCUUGCUGUGCAAACCUGAAGGGAAGAGGAGAAG